AUGCGAUUUGCUUCUACAUUUCUGCAUAAAAGAGAUAUAAAAGUUCGUGAUUGCUCUAAAACAUAUCUUGUCGUAACCCUUGGCGGAAUUCCGGCAGCGAAUUCUUCAAACACAGAACCAUUACCUUCACCAACAACAUCAUCACCACCUCAAAGCUCUGAAACAUCGACUGUCGAUAGUGUCGCUUCCACUGGUUUACUCAGACUCUACCAAAAGAGUGACAGUGCAAUACCGGUACUAAGUGCAUUCAGUGCAAGAACAACCAGUAACUUAGAUCAGUUACAACCUCCUGGUAUACCGGUCACUGCUUUCAGUCCACUAUUGACUCCUGCAAUGAUGGCUGCACAAAUUGGUUUGCUUAGUACUCCAAAUACUCUUCUUUCAAUGAUGCAGGCAGCAACUGCGCAAAAUUCCUUAAUGCAUCACAGUAGCUGUAAUGACAGGAACGGCCAAAUAAUGCCAACAAUGCUGCACCAGUUAUCCGCAUUACACGGCAAUCAGGUUCAUUUUCUUUCAAAAACAUUAGAAUGA